GGCCCGAUUACACUCCACCUUGGGCCCCUGGCAUUCCUGCUCUGUCUCUCCUCGACUACGAGUCAUAAAGCGAAAGGAAAUGGGCGUAGGGGUGGAUUCCGUUCUUGACAUCAGUGCUCCCCAGGAGGAGCUUCACGCAGGCGUGAAGGAGGUGUGCCAGUCGAUUGUGAUUGGAUGGAGGGAGGUCGAUCCCUCGAGACUCGUCGUGUCGACGAUCUCCGGGGGCAUAACGAACAUCCUGCUGAAGGUAUCCAAGGUAGAAUUUAAUGGGGAGGAAGUGGUAGAGGAGUCCUCGGUGAUCGUACGCAUCUUUGGCAAGAACACGGAGCUGUUUAUUGCGAGGCCGAGAGAGCUGGAGAACACUAAAGUUCUGUCGGCACAUGGCUUUGGACCGAAGUUCCUUGGGGCCUUCGGAAAUGGCCUUGUCCAGAGCUUCAUCCAUGCGAGGACUUUAGAUGUUGCCGAUAUGUCGAAGGGUGCGUUCGUUGUAAAGAUCGCUCGAUUAGUCAGAAGGUUCAACGAUUUGCACGUUCCCGGUUCGCGGGAGCCGCAGCUCUGGACGGGGAUCGAAAAAUUGCUGAUGUUGGCAAAGCAGAUCUCCUUCGACGACGAUCCGGUCAAGCAGCAGAGGUUUUCAACCAUCUCGCUUUCGGAGAUUCGUACGGAGACCGCCGACCUGAAAACCGCCUGCGAAAGUCUUCAAUCCCCGGUCGUAUUUUGCCAUAACGAUUUGCUCAGCGGGAAUUUCAUGUACGACGACGAGAAGGAUGAACUCCACGUCAUUGACUUCGAGUACGGCGACUAUAAUUACCGUGGGUACGAGAUCGGCAACCACUUCAACGAGUACGCGGGAUUCGAUUGCGACUAUACGCUUUACCCAUCGAAAGAGGCACAAUGGUUCUUCAUUAAACAUUACUUGUGCCCCGACUCCCCCGAGGAUGCGCAGGAAUCGGAAAUAGAACGUCUUUACGUGGAGGCAAACGUGUUCGCCCUGGCUUCCCACAUCUACUGGGGAGUGUGGGCCCUUCUUCAGGCCAGCUUCUCGUCCGUCGAUUUCGAUUACUUGGGAUAUUUCUUCAUGCGAUGGGAUGAGUACAAGAGACGUAAAGACGAGGCAUUUGCGUUGAUCAAGGGAAAGGGAAAGGACAAGGACAAGAAAGGAGCGCAUUCGGAGAAGCCGGGACUACUUUCCGCAGCACUACCGCAUGACAAUCAUCAAGCGCUUCUUACGACGAGCCACACAGAAGUUCAGUUCCAGAUUCCGAUUCAGGGUCCAGUUCCACUUCUGGUUCCUCCUGUGCUGUCAGUUCCACUCCCAGUGGUUCCAAUUUCCGCUUCCGUUUUUGCGUUCUGGUUUCUGUUUCCCUGUCAGCCUCAGAGUUUCUGUCCAGUCUCCAGCAGUAUGGCAGAGGUCACAGUUCGACGGAACAUUGAUCGAGGGAGAAGUGGGUCCUUAGCUCAUGGCACUGCUUCCGUACACCGUAACUGGGUCCAUACCUCGGAACUGCCUCCCGACAUUGGGACGGGUUCCAUACAAUUGGAACUGGUUCCGUACAAUUGGAACUGGUUCCAUACGAUCGGAACUGGUUCCGUACAUCGGAACUGGUCCCAGACAUCGGAACUGGUUCCAUACAAUCGGAAACUGGUUCCAUACAAUCAGAACUGGUUCCAUAAGAUCGGAACUGGUUCCGUACAUUGGAACUGGUCCCAGACAUCGGAACUGGUUCUGGACAUCGGAACUGGUUCCGGACUUUGGAACUGGUUCCGGACAUCGGAAUUGGUCCGAGACAUCAUACACCCACCCCCUCAGAUUCGCCGAGCAGAUGGUGAAUUGGUGAUUAUGCGUGUCUUUUUUUUUCAUGUCAGGUUUCGGCCCGAUCUUUCACACUUGACCGACCAGAGUCAUGGCAGCGGUGUAAUGCACCAGCGUAGGAGAGCUCGCAGUGGAAGGACUGGUGACAGCCAUCGCACAGCUUAUGGAUUGACAGAGAGAACGGCAUUUAUGGCGACCUGGGCGAUUAUCAUGGCUAAGGAGCUGGUGGACGAUAUAGCGACAAUGGUUAUGAUUUGCCGGUUGUGGUUCUAGUUUUCUGGCAUGAGUGCGUGCAGCAGUCAAGAGAAGCAGCAACAGUUCAUUCAUUCAUUCAUUCAUUCAUUCAUUCAUUCUUCUUCUUCUUCUUCUUCUUCUUCUUCUUCUUCUUCUUCUUCUUCUUCUUCUUCUUCUUCUUCUUCUGUUGUUGUUGUUGUUGUUGUUGUUGUUGUUGUUGUUGUUGUCGUUGUCGUUGUUGUUGUCGUUGUUGUCGUUGUUGUUGUCAUUGUUGUUGUUGUUUUGUCUUUGCUAGAACGAUGAAUAAGUGCCAUUUGAAAUCACAUUUCAGUCCUUUAGAUAGCUAAUCGACCACAUCUUUGUCCCUACGCACACUAUUCCUACGGUGCAGAAGCAGGGGAGGAGACAUAUGCUGAUGGAUUGAGAGUGCAGGGGAGGAGAUUAAGGACAACAAUUGCUGUGAGGUCUGAAGUCCACAAGCACACAUCCACUGUCAUCGUUUUCUUCUUCUGACAACUGGCAGUGCAGCUUGUGUGUGGGCAAUGAAGGAACAAUGAAUGA